GGGGGGACAGUUUUAAUAGAUGGACCUUGGCGUGUUUACACGUGAGAUCUGUGCAGGACACUUUCUUCAGCAGCUUAUUUAUUCUCUAACGCGGCUUUUUCCCCCCUUUUUUAGACAAUUGAUGCCGAAAAGUUGGCUGUCUGUGUAAUAUCCAGGUCUCGGUGUAAAAAAUGGGAAAGUUAAGGAAGAAGCACAACUGGAAAGGAAGGCAGAAAAGUGAACCGCAGCAACCAGCGAAGGAAGAGAAGACAGCUGUUGUGGUGGAGCUACAUGAUGGGGAUCGGAUGAAAGGUGUGGACGACAGCAACGCUCUGGUCCUUCCUGCCUCCAGAAGCAAGCAGAAGAAGAAAGAGGGGGGCUUAAAACGACCCGCGUCCUCUAAAAGACCCCUGACAAAGAAGCAGAGAAAAGAGCUGCAGAAGGUGUUGGAGCGCAAAGAGAAGAAAGCUCAGAGGGCAGACGUCCUCACCAAACUGGCAGAGGUGCAGCUUCCAGAGUCUGAGCUGAAACUUUUGUUCACCACGUCCAAACUGGGAACGGGAGACAAGCUUUACCAAAGUAAACAGUCCUCUGAUGAAGUCAAAGAUGGAGAAUCUGGUCCAAAGAUCAGCAGUGUCAGCGGGGCAAACAGGAAGAGGAAAUGGGAAGAAGAAGAAGAAGAAGAAGAGGAUGAAGAGCAAAGUAAAGAAGAGAGUAGUGAAGAGGACACCUCCUCUGAGGAGGAGGAGGAGGAGGAUAACGCCACAGAGACAGGUGGUCUUAAGGAAGCUGCUGAAACAAAGCAGGAGGUGAAGCUGGAGCAGAACGUCGCAGGUCCAGAUGAGCAGAAAGAGGCGAUUCCUGCUCGGAAGACGGCGCAAAGCAAGCAGCUGUCGGAACCGGCUGUGUUUAUUCCGGUUGACAGGUCGGCGGAGGUUCAGGAGGCCCGUCUGAAGCUGCCGGUGCUGGGCGAGGAGCAGGUCAUCAUGGAGGCGGUCAGGGAGAAUCCCUGCGUCGUCAUCUGCGGAGAGACAGGAAGUGGAAAGACGACGCAGGUGCCUCAGUUCCUGUAUGAGGCCGGUUACGCCAGGGACAACAGGAUUAUUGGGAUCACAGAGCCGAGGAGAGUCGCAGCGGUCAGCAUGUCGCACCGAGUGGCCAAAGAGAUGAACCUUCCCAGACAAGUCGUGUCGUACCAGAUUCGAUAUGAGGGCAACGUGACGAGUGACACAAAAAUCAAGUUCAUGACAGACGGCGUCCUGCUGAAGGAGAUUCAGAAGGAUUUCCUGCUUCAGAGAUACAGCGUGAUAAUCAUUGACGAAGCCCAUGAACGAAGCGUCUACACGGACAUCCUCAUUGGGUUGUUGUCCCGCAUCGUCCCGCUGAGAAACAAGAAAGGGAUGCCCAUGAAGCUGCUGAUCAUGUCGGCCACUCUGCGGGUGGAGGACUUCACAGAAAACCAGAAGCUUUUCCGGACGCCGCCGCCCGUCGUCAAGGUGGACGCUCGGCAGUUCCCGGUCACCGUCCAUUUCAACAAACGAACUCCGCUGGAGGACUACACCGGAGAAGCCUUUCAGAAGACCUGCAAAAUCCACCGCAUGCUGCCUCCGGGGGGUAUCCUGGUGUUCCUGACGGGUCAGGCUGAGGUCCACAGCCUCUGCAGGAGACUCAGGAAAGCUUUCCCGUUUAGGAAGAGCAGCACAGCCGCUGCUGAGGACGAGGAAGCGGACACAGCUGAGGCGAUGAGGAAAUUCAAGAAGGCCAAACAGAAGAAGACUGUUUCUCUGCCUCGGAUCGACCUGGAUAACUACUCUGCUCUGCCGAUGGACGAGGGGGACGAGGACAGAGAGGCGGGGAUCGGAGACGAGGAGGACGGCGGCUCGGACCUCGAGCUCGGCGACGAUCCAGCCGACACGGAUGAUAAGGCAGACCCAUCCAUUCCUCUCUAUGUUCUCCCGCUGUAUUCUCUAUUGGCCCCUGAGCAGCAAGCUAAGGUGUUCCGGCCUCCUCCACCUGGCACUCGGCUCUGUGUCGUAGCCACCAACGUGGCGGAGACAUCGUUGACCAUUCCUGGCAUCAAAUACGUCGUCGACUGCGGCCGGGUUAAGAAGCGUUACUACGACCGAGUGACGGGGGUGUCAUCCUUUAAAGUGACGUGGACCUCGCAGGCCUCGGCCAAUCAGAGGGCGGGUCGAGCCGGACGAACGGAGGCGGGACACUGCUACAGGUUGUAUUCCUCGGCGGUUUUUGGUGACUUCAGUCAGUUUUCGGAGGCAGAGAUCACUCGCAGGCCUGUAGAGGACCUGGUUUUGCAGAUGAAGGAUCUCAACAUCGAGAAGGUGGUUAAUUUCCCGUUUCCCACGCCUCCCUCUGCUGAGGCUCUGGUGGCUGCAGAGGAGUUACUGGUCUCACUGGGAGCUCUGGAGGAGCCGCCCCGCUCUGGAAGGAUGACAGACUUGCAGCGAGCGAAGCUGAGCUGUCCCAUCACGCCGCUGGGCAGAGCCAUGGCGGCGUUCCCCGUGGCUCCACGUUACGCAAAGAUGUUGGCGCUCGGGAAGCAGCAGGACUGUCUGCCGUACAUCAUCGCUGUGGUUUCAGCCAUGACGGUCAGGGAACUUUUUGAGGACUUUGACAGACCUGCUCGCAGUGACGACGAGAGCUCGAAGCUUAACCAGCGUCGAGCUCGGCUGGCCCAGAUGAGACGUUUGUGGGCGGGGCAGGGAGCUUCACUCCUGCUGGGGGAUCUCAUGGUCAUGCUGGGGGCUGUCGGUGCUUGUGAGUUUGCCGGCUGCACUCCCAAGUUCUGUGAGGAAAACGGACUGAGAAACAAAGCUAUGGUGGAGAUCCGGAGGCUCCGGAGUCAACUUACCAAUGCAGUGAACGCAGUGUGUCCGGAGGUGGGAGUGUUUGUAGAUCCUAAGAUGGCUCCGCCAACAGAGCAUCAGGUGCUUUGCCUGCGGCAGAUUGUUCUGGCCGGACUGGGAGACCACCUGGCGAGACGCGUCCAAGCAGAAGACAUGCUGGACCCAAAGUGGAAGAACGCAUACAAGACUACUCUGAUGGACGACCCGGUGUUCAUUCAUCCAAAUUCUGCUUUGUUUAAAACGUUGCCGGAGUUUGUGGUCUACCAGGAGAUCAUGGAGACUUCCAAAAUGUACAUGAGAGGUGUUUCAGCAGUAGAAGCAGAGUGGAUCCCACAGCUCCUGCCUCAGUACUGUCAUUUCGGCCCUGCUCUGGACUCGCCGAUGCCGUGGUUCUGUUCCUCCACCGGCACCAUCAGAUGCCACAGAUCGAGCACAUUCUUCCGGGUGGCUUGGCAGCUGCCUGCAGUAGAGAAGGAAUAUCCUGAAGGCUUGGAGCGCUUUAGGCUGUUUGCCAGGUUUUUUCUGGAGGGACAGGUUUGUCCCAAACUACAGAAAAACUCACGCCACCUUCUGUCAAACCCCUCCAUCAUGAUGAAAACUUGGGCAAAACUUCAGCCCAGGACAGAGGCUUUACUAGGACCAUUGGUUUCAAGGAGGGUUGACUGCAGAGAUGCUCUCCACUCUAUCUGGAAGACUGAAGAGAAAUUUCUGCUGUCUGCCUACUGCCAGUGGUUACCUGAGGCCAUGCACCAGGAAGUCUCCAAACUCUGGCCUCCUGUUUAAAGGCUGAAGUCAGAACGGGAGAAAUAAUGGCGUCGGCUUCUGAUCAGAGCAACCGAGCUGAACUGCCUGGCCCACCAUGUUCUCAUCAAAUUCUGCAGUUUUUUAAUGUUGUUUUUUUUUUUUUUUUUUUUGGGGUUUUUUUAUUGUAACCACAGCACCUACUUUUUCAGUUUUAUAUUGUAUACAUUAAAUCUGUGAUUUUUGUAGGUAGGAAUAUGAUAACUCAACUUCUGUACUGACUUUAUCAGUGUGCUGCUGUUUAAAAACGUGUACCACAAUAUUGGUCUUCAUAAGACUUUAUAAAACAUUUGAUGUGACGAGAAAAG